AUGGAGCUGAUAGCGGCGCAAUUCAUGCCGUGGCGCUCGGCCACGCACCUGGCGCGCUUGUGGUCUGCCCACCUUAAGGCCAAGGAUCCUGCCAGCGCCGGCGCCGCCGCGAUUCCCGUCCAAGAGGUGCACUGGACGCUGCUGUCGGGGCAGCCCAAUCAGGCGCAGCCGCCGUCUGUAGCUGCCACCCAGCCGCCGCUGCCACAGCCGCAGGCCACCGGCAUCGGCCGCGCUGAGACAGGACGCUCAGCAGCCAUCCUUGCUGCUCCCUCUCCCUCCACACAGCACAGCACAGCAAGCGCCGUUGCCACAGCAGCCAGAAAAUGUGCAGAGCUGAGGGCUCUGGUGCUGAUUUUGACACUUGUGCCAUGUAGCAGUGAGCAGCCAGAAUCCCUUGAAGGAGAAUCGGCGCUUAGAAGUGCGGGACCAUCUUCAGAUCUGCCGCUGCCCAGCAGUCAUGCAUCCCCAGUGGCUGCACACGCCGCACUUGAGACCUCUGGCUACCUGGAACCUCCCGGCACAGAUUUGGGGCAUCCUGUGGAGCAGCAUCGCUUGCUGAGCCUGGCCCGUGAAGCUGCAGCCUAUCCGCAUGUUCCAGCCACGCGGAAUUUCCCAGCCCAGCAGCAGCGGCCAUGCAGCGCACCUGCGAUACGAUCUCAUGACCCGCGCAGGCCAUAUCAGGCCAGCACCCACACUGAGGCAACAGCGGGCGUCAUAGAGAACCAGCAGCCGCCGGUGCAGCAAGCAUGGGCAGAGGGGCCAUUGCAGCAGCGGCCACAGCUGCAGCCACAGCCGGCUCCUGGAAGGGCGGACCUGCCAUUCGCGUCAGCACCGGGGCCGGCGUUGGUGGCCGCCGAGCAGGGGCGCAUCUCAGCAGUCUCAAUGCCCCGGUCCACCCGCUCGCGGAGGGGGGUCACCACUGCCCAUAUGGACCCUCCUUCCUUGGCCACCUCUCCCAUUGCGCGGCCCGGCGACAUCCACCUGCAGCCGCUCUCCCCGGACGCUCGCCCCUCGGCAGACCGCAGCAACGGAGCGGCCAUCAGAGAGCCCGGCGGGUCACCUGGGCCGCUCACGCGGUCGAAACGCCGCAGGCCGCGCAAGCCUCCGGCAGGCGUCGCAGAAUAUGCGGCAAGGCGCUCUGCAGAUCUUUCCCCGGGGCCGGCGCCGCCCGCGGCGGCGCGGCGGCAGCUGCGCGGCCGGAAGGCGGCCGCGCCUCGGCGCAAGGCGGCGCGAGUUGGCGCUCGGGAGGAGCUGGAUACCAUUGAUGACUGGGAGCCGGUGAGUCUGCUGGCACUGGCAGAGACGGCAUCGCGGCAGGCGGAGCAGAUGCUGGCGGCUGAUGAGGCGGCGGCGGCGCAGCGGGGGGACCGCAGCGCGGACGACGCGUCCGGGGGGGACCCCUUCGACGAGUUCGCCGAGCACCGCCGGCGCGCGCUCGCCUCGGCGCUGACGGCCACGGACUUUGGUGGUCAGCCGCGGCGGGAGUCGCGCGUGGCGGCCGAGCACGAGCGCCGGCUGCAGGCCGAAGCCGCGGAGGCGUACCUCUCCAAACAGCUCUGCCGCCGGCCUGCCGCCGCGCCGGCCACCACAGCCGCCGUGCCGGACCAGUCUUUCGAGCGGCUUCCGCCCUCGGAUCUGUCGGACCGGCACGUUCCAUCGCGGUCGCUGCGCGGGCGCUCGGAAGCUCCCUCACGCAGUGAGAGCAUGCACGGGCCGACGGACUUUUCAUCUCAUUUUGCGGCGCAGCGGGCAUCUGCAGCAGAUAUUCUGCAGCAGCAACAGCAACCAGUGAUACCUCAGGCCUCAUUCGAGAAGGCAGAUGCAAACGCGCACAGAAUGCACCCGCUGAAUAAGGCAUCCCCUCUUGGGGUAUCAGACCGGCAGGCAAAUGCAGCUGGUGAGGAGGAGCUCAGCAAUGGAGCAGGUGCUGCCAUGGGGCAGAAUGGACCGGCGGAUGCAGGGGAGCGGCCUAGCAACGGCGCAGAGGACAGCGCUGCGGGGAACAGCGCAAAUAAGACCAGCGAUGCUGACUUCAUCAUCGACGGCAUCCUCACCCACUGGACGCAGGCAAGCUGCCCUGACACCUGCUGCUUCAUCAUUAUUCAUCAUGACGAGGACCGCGACAUAAUGUACACGGCGUGGCAGCGCGGAGGUACGCUAGACGAGGCCGACUGCACGCGAAUCGCAGCGCUGCCGCUUGACCCGGUGCUGGCGUGGCCGCUGCCGCGCACGCCAUUGCAGAUCCGCGCACGCCUAGAUUGGCUGCUGGAGAGAUUCCACAAGAAGCAGACCGGCAGCUAA